AUGGUCGCUACUGAUAGAUUAAAUCAAACUUCCAAUAUUUUACAUAAAUCAAUGAAAAGAGCAUCUAGUAUAGCGCAUCUAACUGCCCUUGAUCACCCUUUCAAAAUAUGUGUCAUUGGUUCAGGUAAUUGGGGUACUACUAUUGCUAAAGUUGUCUCUGAAAAUGCCGCUUUGAACCCUCAACUUUUUGCCUCCGAGGUAAGAAUGUGGGUUUUCGAAGAACAAAUUGAUGGUAAAAAUUUAACUGAAAUCAUAAAUACAGAUCAUGAAAAUGUUAAGUAUUUACCAGAUAUUAAACUACCAGUCAAUUUGGUCGCUACUCCAUCUUUAUUAGAUACCGUCAAGGAUGCUGAUAUUAUCAUUUUUAACAUUCCUCAUCAAUUCUUAGCUAAGAUUGUUCAACAAUUAAAGGGCCAUGUCGACUCACAUGUUCGUGCAAUCUCUUGUCUAAAGGGUUUCGAAGUCGGUGCUAAAGGUGUGCAAUUAUUAUCUACUUACGUUACCGAUGAAUUAGGUAUUGAAUGUGGUGCUUUGUCUGGUGCUAAUAUUGCCACUGAAGUCGCCAAGGAAAACUGGUCUGAGACUACCGUUGCUUAUCACAUCCCUGAAGAUUUCAGAGGUGAAGGUUACGAUGUUGACCACAAGGUUCUAAAGGCUUUGUUCCACAGACCUUACUUCCACGUCAGUGUCAUUGAAGAUGUUGCUGGUAUCUCUGUCGCAGGUGCUUUGAAGAACGUUGUCGCAUUAGGUUGUGGUUUCGUCGAAGGUCUAGGUUGGGGUAACAACGCUUCUGCUGCUAUUCAAAGAGUUGGUCUUGGUGAAAUCAUCAAGUUCGGUCAAAUGUUCUUCCCAGAAUCUCGUGUUGAAACUUACUACCAAGAAUCUGCCGGUGUCGCUGAUUUGAUCACUACCUGUGCUGGUGGUAGAAAUGUUAAGGUUGCCAAGUUGAUGGCCGAAAGUGGUAUGAGUGCUCUAGAUGCUGAAAAGAAACUACUGAACGGUCAAUCUGCUCAAGGUAUUAUUACUUGUAAAGAAGUCCACGAAUGGUUAGAAACUUGUAAUUCCGUUUCCGAAUUCCCAUUGUUCGAAGCUGUUUUCCAAAUUAUUUACAAUAACUUACCAAUGGAAAACAUACCGGACAUGAUCGAUGAAUUAGAAGUUUUCCGUUAG